AUGCCGCUGGUCGACCGUGCUAGUCCCGAUCGAUGGGUGGCUGGCCGGACAUCUGAGCCCUUCCUGGUGCCCAGGUCUGGUGCAGGUGCAGGUGCAGUUGCUGAGCGCUGGUUGCAGACCUGCAGAGGUGCAGAAGCCCGCCUGGCCCUCAGGCCCUCAGGCCACUCGCGCCUGGCGCUCACUCCAGGUGCACAACUCUGGAGCAAAGUAUAUCUCCCCACCGCCGCCACCCUCCCGUCGCCGGCUCUCUCCUCUUCUCUCCUCACGACACCCUCGUCCGCCUUUCUCUUCUUCCUGGCUGCGGCCAGUGCUUUUCGUCGUCGUCCCGUCCCCUCCUCCUCCGUUCCCACCUGCCGCCGGCCCGCCCCUCCCUCGGUGUACCGCCAGAACAAAGCUGAACCCCGCCACGUUUCGGCCGUUUGCGACGACGCCGCCCCUACGACCAAUACGGCCUCACGGUUCCGAAUGCCUGUCCAACUCCUUCCGGCUUCGGCCGCCGCCUUUGCCCCGAGGGCAUCUUCAGUCAAUGUCGUUUUGGGCUCCAAGGUCGAGCCUUGGCUCACGCAGACCUUGAAGCGCGUCAACAAAGUGAAGCGUCCACUCAACAGCGUCCCUCAACACCAAAGAUGCCUGACCGAAACCCUGUCAUCACCCAACGCCAUCUGGACCCUCGCUUCCGUCAUGCUGCCUAAACUUCCCGAAGCCGAAAUGCCCAAGGAGCCUCUCGAGGAGCUCUUCAGCUAUCGAUUAGUUCACAUCGAGGCCUACAUUGUUCACGUUGACAUGGUCCUGCGCAACGAAGUCGCCUAUAAACUCACAACCGAUACCAUCGACGCCUUGGUCGACCACCACGAGAAGGUCCACUGCGCUGAUGCCAAGGCCAACACCUACGACUGGUCGGAAAAGGAGCAACAGUGCAAAAAGCUCCACCAAGACUUUGUCCAGGCCAUCAACAAGUUUGUCUACCGCACCCACGUAAGCGCUUUGGAAGGGCUUGAAGAGGAGGGAGCAGGCGAGCUGCUGUGUGGCAAGAGUGAAGAAGUGAGGAACAGCCUCAUCGGGUUGAUGAAGCCUCUGCUGCCUCCACCCCCUCGCGUCGUCGACGUUGUGCGCCAGCCUCCUCUCCUCCCCAGCUCUCCCGUCAACAACAUGUGGUCAUCGCAGCCGACAAUGCCCAGCUCUCUGCCUGCCGUCGAACCCUGGCGAGUCCUGCCGUCGAGUCCAAGUGUGCCCUCGACAUCGGCUGAGUCCAACAACCCUCCAAUGUGGGCUACCAUGGGCAUGAACGAACUCCAGAUGCCCUCGCCCAACCCGGCCUUCACUCAACCGCACGCUACAGCUGCUCUUUACUUCACCUCACCGCCCAUGACCGCCCCCAUGCCUGCAGCUCUACCUUUGCCUAGCAUGCUUGCUUCGUCGCAAUGCGGCGUCAGCGUUGGCAUGGGUGGCUUCGGUUGGGAUCGGUACCAGGAGUAUGCGACGAUAAUGUGA